ACCUUCAGCUGUACUUUAGUUGAGCGUACUUUAUACGUGUAGCGAUAUUCUAGAACUCUGGAAAGAUGGAAUAAAUGCGAUGUAGUUUCGUCUUAAUUUCGACGACGUUCACGUGAGAUAAUGUUCACGGAAGUAAGUCGUCCGGCGGUGUGUGACUCAGAGACCACUCGAAUCGUUGUACGAACCACGAAACUCGUUGUCUGUAAAUGAAGUCUGAAAGGGAUGCCAGGACUGGCUGAUAAUCGUCCCACUUGACUCAAAGUCCCUGCGGUAAAGUCAUUAUGGAGACACUCCACCUCCCGUUGAAGUACGACUAUAGAGUUGGAUCCAUAAGCACAGUCCCCCAGUUUCGCUGCUAUCUCAUGUCAAACCCAUGAAGGUUGAAAUAGUGGAGUCUGAUCUUAUUGAAACACCGCAUUUCCACAAGUCUGGGCGUCAUUUACUAGAUCAGGCAAUAAGCAUGCAUGACCCUUCACAGGACCCUCAAGACUCUGCCAACGAAACCGGGCUAGUGCUGGAGAACAUCGUGAAGAAAGCAUGGCGUUCUCUUGUACGCUUGGAAGAUUGCAGUGGAAACUCUGCUUUGAUUGCAAGGCGUGGGCAGAUUUGACAGCCUGAAUUGAAUGAUUACUCGUGCAAAAGUCCUUAAAGAUGGAUGAGAUUGUUACGUAUCUACAGAACGUCUCGAGUGUAACUUCUGACAAGGUAACCGAACGUAAGGGAAUACCGAGUGCUUGUGUUGGUGUCCAAAAGAAGCUACUCAUUUCUCCUGAGCUUUGGCUCAACACGUUCGCAUCACUCUCUGAAAGAAGCAAUCUAAUCCAAACAUAAGGAUGCUACGGAGCUCCUUGCUCCGUAGCUCCGAAGUAGACGAGGAGAUCCCUGCUCGAGUUCAAGAUUGACUUGACCUUCGAAUAUCUUUGCAAUCAGAGGUCAGGAGCAGAAACGAGCGCUGUACCCUCUGUCUGUCUGUUUAUCUUGGUGCAUGUAACACACCUAAUUGCCCUUCGCAGAAUCUAAGAAGAGGUUACCGAGUUUACUUGUGUCGAUACUUUUGUCAGCGGUACAGUGAAGAGGAAGGAGAGGAGAGUUUUUGAAGUGUUGUCCUCACACAAGCAGACCAUUUGACUGCACAUCAAUCUGCAGCAUAAAUCGCUGCGCUGGGUCGGAGACGUGCAGCAGAUUGCAUUCCAGCAACAGAGAUAGUGCAGGGCUUUCACCGGGACCAUCUCUCUCUCUGCAACCAUGGCAAAAUCAGUACAGCUAGUCGAUGUUAAGGUGACGAGAAUCCACCCGAGUUCAAAGGUGUCGCAUCCUCAAGUUCUCCACGCAUCGUAUUACGAUCUUUUAAGCAUCGAUCUGCUGGUGCCUACCAUCUUCUUCUUCCGGCUGCAAGAUGGAGGAUCCGACUACUCGAGAAUGCUGAAGAAGGUGCAGCAGUCUCUGGCCGACAUUCUAGUUCCAUACUAUCCGAUGGCAGGAAGAUGGAAGAAAGUGGACGACGGAAGGAUUCGUGAGCUGCACUGUGAUGACGAAGGAGUACCUUUCGUUGAAGCAUCCAUCGACGAUGUCAUGGAUAGUGUUGUAGACCUGGAGGACAUGGAAAAUCUUCCUGAUCUUUCGGGCUUCAUCGCUGUGCCUGGGCUCGAUCACACGCUUUACAACCAAAAUCUGGACGCUCCAUUACCUUCUCUGAUCGUCCAAGUGACGAGGUUCAAGUGUGGAGGAGUGGCCAUGUGCGUCACAGGCAAUCAUAUGACGAUGGACGGGUAUGGAUUCGGGACUUUCCUCAAGGCAUGGGCAGAAAUGGCGUCGACCGGGACAACAUCCAUCGAGCCGAGCCACGAUCGCGCUCCAGCUCUGUCGCAUUUGGACCUGCUUCCGAGCUCACAGAGGCAGGCGAUCGAUAAUGCGGGAGACAAACUGGGAGCAGCUUUCAAGGUCAAGAAAAAUGUCACCCUCUCGCCCAAACUGUUCAACGUGAAGACGGAGCGAGUGGACGAGAUGAAGAGGAAAGCUCAGAUUGCCGUCGGGUCCGAGCUCCACCUGAGCACAUUCGACUGCAUCACUGCUCAGCUGUGGCAGUGCGUUGCCAGGCUGCCUGCUGCACCAUCCUCCUCAACCAGCAGCAGCAGCAGCAGCUGCUGCAGCAGUCGAGUGACGAUCUGGUAUGCAGCGGAAGGGCGAGAGAAAUUCUGCCAGCCGCCUCUACCCGAGCACUACUCGGGGAACGCGAUCCUCGGGGUCCGACUGGGCCACGAGCCGCCGCCAUCGUCAACAUUGCAGGCGGCGCUGGCCGUCCACGAGAAUGUCAAAAGCAUAAGGCCUGGGGAGUUGCCUCGUCUGCUGCACGAUCUGUCGGACCUGAUCCGAUUCGGAGGGCCAGGCGAGCGAAAGCUCAUUCUGAGCUCGUGGCUGCGGCUGCCCAUGUACGAGCUGGACUUCGGCUUCGGCAAUCCUUUCUUCGUCAGUCCGUAUGCUCUGCGAGGAGGACCUUGCGUGGGCUUGAUCUUCCUUCUGCCGCCAGCUCCUGCGUCCGGGAACGUGGCCGCCCUCUACACUGCUCUCGAGCCGUCCGCCAUGCAAGCGCUCCUCGUCGAUUCUCAAUUUGUCCGCUUGAUCUCUUGACUCGUCUCCCAUCGCCGCAUGCAUCCGCUGCCAUUGGAACAUCCACGAACCGUAUGUACGUAGUUUCGUACAUGAACUCUUAGUCGCAGACUCGUACUUUUGGCAUUUGAGCUUCGGGGAUCACGGCGCGUAAGCAGUGCGUGAUUGAUCUGAAACUCAUGAAACAGACGAUAUCAAUAUUGACAAGGUUACCAACUCGCUAAGUUUCAAUAUCGUAAAAUCGUCUGUACACAAUCGCUGACCAUCAAAACGAUAGAAAGUAUCUCACUUUAGAGUUAUACACACUACACAGAUUUUAUCGCACUUCGAAGCUUUCGACUAUGAUUCUCAGCUUGAUAGCUAAUGUUGAUAUAAAAAAAUCGGUGGUCUCAGAUAUACUGACGACAUUCAUAAAAGUGAUGAGAGUGAAGGUCAACCUUUGUCUCUAUUUAUCAACGCGCACUCAGCAACAAAUCACAUCGAUUGUAAUUCAUGGG